UGGACUUCACUUGUUCUUUCUACGCGAGAAGAAGACUUACGAAGAGAGGCACAGCGCUUCUUUCUUUACUUCUCCCAGGAUCAAAAUUCCCCAAAAGUGAAGUUACUUCACCACCGUGGCUUGCUAACAAAGGAAUUUAAUCCCGGGACUGAUUUUAUCGGCACAGUCGCCAUUGCAAGACAGUGGGGCUGUAGAACCUGACCGGAAAACGGACGAGAGUAUGGAUAUCUUAAACGGUAGUGCAUCGGUCGACCCUAUGUUUCCCGGAGGUUCCGUCUACAGCGACGGUGGUUAUAUACCUCCUCAAGAAAUUCCUACUGAAUAUCAAGAAACCAUGGUGAACGACGAUGCAUUGGACACCGAAGGAUAUCAACCAACUUAUGCCGAGGCCUUUCCCCCGCUUCCUUGUGCUCCGAGCACCGAUCAAAACCAAGCAAAUUCAAACCCGGCCGCAAAAUGGCGUACCCACGGAACAGGUCACAUUCGAUCCACUACGGUAACCCAGGUGUUCAGAGUUCCAUUAGAAGAGCGCCGCUACAAGCUUUUCCAUGAGGCGACAUUUGGAGAUGAGCGCCAACAUAGUAUCUGUAGGGACAUCAUGGCGAAGACUGGAGCAUCCAUCGAGGUCAGCUUGGGAAAGGAUUUGAGCCUAACGAUCAUGGUGACUGGGAAGCCUGAUACUGUGGCCAAGGCAAGGCGUCUGGUACUGUCCCAGCUACAGACUCAGGCCCAGAUUGAGAUCCAGAUUCCUCGUGAACACCACAAGUUUAUCCUCGGCAAAGGCGGCAAAACCCUUCAGACCAUGGAACUUUCCACCGCUACCAAGAUCACUAUGCCACGCGACGGCUCUGACACCAUCAAGAUCAUUGGCACCAAGGAGGGCGUGGACCGUGCUCGUCAUGAAAUUCAACUCAUCUCUGACCAGCAGGCUAAGCUUGCAUUUGAACGCCUGGCUAUUCCUAAGACCUUCCACCCCUUCAUCUCUGGGCCCAAUAAUGAGACUGCCAACAGGAUCAAGGAACAAACUGGAGCUGCCAUUAACAUUCCUCCUCCCUCUGUAAACAAAGAUGAAUUGACUGUUGCUGGAGAGAAAGACGGUGUUGCCCAGGCCAAGGCGAUGAUAUUAGAGAUUUAUGAGGACAAGAAACGCAAGACCACAACUGUAUCCAUCGAAGUGAGAAAGUCUCAGCACAAGUAUAUUGUCGGGCCAAGGGGGGGAACUAUCCACGAGAUUCUUGAAUUGACUGGAGUCUCUGUGGAAAUGCCACCAUCAGACAGUGACUCAGAGACCAUCACCCUCCGUGGUGAGCAAGACAAACUCGGUGUUGCCCUCACUCAGGUCUAUGAGAAAGCCAACAGUGUAGUUUUUGCUGAGGUAGCCGCCCCACGUUGGCUACACAGGUUUAUCAUUGGACGGCGUGGACAGAAUAUCCGGAAAGUGACCCAGGACUUACCCAAGGUCCAUGUUGAAUUCAGUGAUGAAAAAGACAGCAUCACCUUAGAAGGCCCCCCAGAGCAGGUUGAGAGUGCCCGAGAGUCACUUGAAGCCUUCAUCAGAGAGCUGAUUGUCUCCAUGGCCUUUGCUGAAUGCAAUGUGGACCAGAAAUACCAUCCACACAUAAUUGGCAAAAACGGUGCCAAUGUGAACCGAAUCAAGACAGAGACUGGAACAUCCAUCAUUAUCCCAUCCAACACAGAAAAAAGCAACACAAUCCGAAUUGAGGGAUCUCCCCAAGGAGUAGAGGUGGCUAAGAAUGAGAUCAUGCAAAUGGUAAAAAAACUGGAAAACGAAAAAACAAGAGAUGUGCUGAUUAACCACCGCUUCCAUCGAACCAUCAUCGGCGCCAAGGGUGAAAAGAUCAAGGAGGUGCGUGACAAGUACCCUGAGGUCCAGAUAUCUUUCCCUGAUCCAUCCAAGAAGACAGAUGUGGUGUCCCUCCGAGGACCGAGGGAGGACGUCGACAAGGUCCACGCUUAUCUCAAGAAACUCAAUGCUGAGCUGGUCGCUGCCAAUUAUUGCAUUGACGUUCCAAUCUUCAAGCAAUUCCACAAGAAUGUGAUUGGCCGAGGUGGCACCACCAUCAAGAAGAUACGUGAGGAGACUGACACUAAAAUCGAGCUGCCUGCUGAAGGAAGCGACAGUGACGUUAUCAUCAUCACCGGUCACAAGGCCCAAGUGGAGGCGGCCCGUGAGAAGAUCCUUGCCAUUCAAAAUGAGCUGGCUAAUGUGACCCAGCUUGAGGUACACAUCCCCGCCAAGUUCCACAACUCCAUCAUUGGCGCUAAGGGCCGUCUCAUCCGUUCGGUCAUGGAGGACUGUGGCGGAGUGAGUAUUAAAUUCCCACCUGAGGGCAGCAACAGCGACAAGGUUCUGAUCCGUGGACCCAAGGAUGACGUGGAGAAGGCCAAAAAACAGCUAUUGGAGCUUACCAAUGAGAAGGAGCUUGGUAGCUACACUGUCGAGAUCCGUGCCAAGCCUGAACACCACCGCUUCCUGAUUGGACGAGGAGGGGCCUCUAUCCGUAAGGUGCGCGAGAAUACAGGGGCUCGCAUCGUGUUCCCUGCCGCUAAGGACGAGGACAAGGAGCUGAUCACAAUAAUCGGCAAGCAGGAGGCAGUGGAGGCAGCCAAGGAUGAGCUGCUCAAGUCCAUCAAAGACUUGGACAACAUCUGUGAAGGCGAAGUCCACGUUGACCCCAAAUGGCACCGCCACUUCGUCGCGAAGCGUGGCGAGGUCCUGCAGGAGAUUGCUGCCGAGUUCGGGGGCGUGGUCGUCAGCUUCCCCCGCAAUGGGGUCAACUCUGACCGUGUGGUGUUGAAGGGGGCCAAGGAGUGUGUGGAAGGAGCCAGGCAGCGUGUCAUGGAGAUCGUGCAGGAGUUGGAGUCCAUGGUCACCAUCGAGUGCGUCAUCCCGCAGGAGUUCCACCGCAACAUCAUGGGCGCCAAGGGCGCCAACGUGCAGGAGGUCACAGCAAGACACAAAGUCCAGAUCAAAUUUCCUGAUCGUAGCCCUGCCGGAGAGGAACCUGUGGUGAACGGUGACGGAGAGCACCUGGACCCUGAAGCCCCCAUCAGCCCCCGCAAGCGUGACAUCAUCAUCAUUACAGGCAAGAAGGAGAGCGCUGAGGCCGCCAAGAUCGAUCUAUUGGACCUGGUCCCCGUGACUGAGCAGAUGCAUAUCCCGUUUGACUACCAUCGCUUCGUGAUCGGUCCCAAGGGGUCCAACGUGCGCAAGAUGAUGGACGAGUUCAGCGUGAACAUUUCUAUCCCGCCCGCUAAGGACGAGUCGGACAGUGUGUCCGUGAUCGGACCACGGGCCAACGUGGAGCGUGCCAUGAAAGCCUUGGAGGCCAAGGUGGCGGAGAUCGAGGCCGAGAAUGAAGACAGGGCCCUGCGCAGCUUCAAGAUGGACGUAAAGGUAGACCGCCAAUACCACCCUAAGAUCAUCGGACGCAAGGGUCAAGUCAUCACCAACAUCCGCAAGCAGUAUGACGUCAACAUCCAGUUCCCGCCCCAGGACGCCCCCGAGGAGAGCGCUGACGUGAUCGGGCUGACAGGCUACCAGCACAGCUGCGAGGCAGCCCGGGACGCAAUCCUCAAGAUCGUCAAGGAACUGGAAGAUCAAGUCAGCGUUGAACUGACCAUCGACCCUCGCAUCCACCGCCGGCUGAUCGGAGCCAAGGGCCGCGCCGUGCGUAAGCUGAUGGAACAGUACAAGGUUGACAUCCGCUUCCCACGCCAGAACGCCAACGACCCGGUCGUCAUCUCCGGUCAAGAGCAGGAUGUAGAGGAGGCGAAAGAACAGCUGCUGCUACUGGAAGAGGAAUACAUGCAAAGUGUGAAGGAAGAGAUCGAGGAGUACGACGCCAUCAGCUACUACAUGAACCCUCCCAGCAAGACCUCACCCUCCCCUCCCCCACAGGCCGGCGGCCAGGGCUUCGUGGUGAGAGAUGCACCAUGGAACGCCCAGGGAGGGAAGGGCAGACCCCCGAAGGAGAGGGAUGGCCACCCACCCCCGCCUGACACCACCAACACCAUGGACUUCCCCUCCAUUGGGAACUCGGUUGCACCCAAGACCACUGUCUGGGGUCACAGGCGUUGAACAGUACCCCUCCCCCUCCCCUAGCUUAGUUAGCAAGUUAACCCUACCUUUAUUGCCUACCAUAUAAGAAACAAUACUAACUACUUGCCAUCCCAUUACCACGCGCAAUACAGUCCUGAUAAAUACAAUACCGCAGUUUUUGCUAGAGUUUUCUGCGGCGUUUAUUACAUUACUUGAGCAGUUUUGCAGUGGCGUGUUCUGGUCACGCCAUUUUCUUUGCUUGUACACGUUAGGAGUAGUAUAUUUCUAGUAUGUCACACAACCGCAGACUGUCCCCCAGGCCUCGUCUGUGUCUUAGCGUUGUGUCUCUGGUUGUUUUGAUAAUCUAGUAAUGCCAAGUAACUCGCCCUAAAGUAAACAGUUUUGUCCUCGGUGUUGGGUAAAACUUUUUCAAAAAAUCCCCUAAAAAUAUCGUCAAACCUGGCGAAACGAAUUCUAAAAUUGCAUUCGCAAUGACAAACUAGAGAAAUUAUUUUUUGACUGAUUUUAAAGCUGGUAUGCAAUCAGUUUUUAGGAUUCGAAUGAAUCCGCAAUUGUGAACUAGCUUUGACCGGCCAUGCCUAGAUUUACGGACAAGGCAUUUUAAUCACGUGGUCAUGUCAAGAAUGUCUAAAAGAAAUAAAUACAACCUUUUAAA